AUGCGCGAGACAGAGUUCUGCACACACAUUGCUCACAAGCGUGAGUGCCGUAUAUGCGGCAAUUACAACUCUGUCUACAGAAAGUAUGGUCUGUUCAUCUGCCGCCGCUGUUUCAAGGAGAAUGCUGGCAAGAUUGGCUUCGUGAAGCUCCACUGA